GCAGUGGGCAAUUACAAACGCGCGUCCAAGCCUUUGAUAAUAGAAUUAGCAGAUCACAACAGACUUCAACAAGAUCAGCCAGUCAUGAAGUGCGAUCAAAAGCUCGUUGGCAGUAAUAUGGCUUUAGCCUGGCAAUAGUGGAUUCCGGCUCAGAAAAAUUUUAAAUCCGCAGAAACGACGAAGUCUUGAGAGUCAAGCCUCCGACAAGCCAGGCGCGCUUGACGAUAGGAAGUGUUGUGGCAUUUCUGACGCGUCUAGGAUAAGUAAGGUAAGCGCGGCAUGUCAGGGGAGUUAAUUUGUGUUGGAUGCCAUGUCGGUGGGUGGCUGAAGCAGACGGCUCGCUAGCGGGAUCUGGCGAAGAACAAGGCACGAGGACGCCAAUUUCCGUAAUAAGCCGCAGCGGAUUAGCACGGAUCAGUUUUUCCAUGCUUGCUUUACUGCCCUCCGAUACCUUCUAACGGAGCUCGUAGUUCGGAGAUAGCAUUCGCUGUUCUUCAUGGAGAGCGGUAUUUACGAUCGGACGCCAUGUUUGAGAGACGUUUUCGCAGGUUCUCGCGAUGCUAGGUGCACUCCCAGGGCGUGAUGUCCGUUUCUUGCGAGUCCCUGCUACGAAGGCCACAAGGUUAUCGUUUUCAGCUGAGAGCUAAGCGAGAUAAUCCAUUAAUAACUUCAUAACGUGCACCUCUUUCACCAAUUUGACAACAUCGGCAACCAUCAUCAUUGGGCGAAGAGGAUGUUGUGCUUCAGUGUUCUUUUAGCGUCAAGUUGCCAACAGGAUUGGAUUGACGAAUGACAUUGUUUAUUGUCUUUUUUUUUUUUUUUUUUUGAGAGGGGGGAGUGAGAAAGGCAAUCAUGUGACGGUGCUUAAGAUCGACGUGUCUUUCUCGACAGUCGUGUCGCUCUUGUCAGUUUAACAAUCGUAAAUAGUUGGGGGUGUGGUAGCAGUUUGUUGAAAUACGUUUGUGUAGCGUCGCAGUUUCACACGUUUCAAUACAGGUAUCGUGCUCCUUUCCUCACCUGUGUCUUUACUGGCCUUCCUUGUACAUCCACUCUCCAUCCACACCAUCUUUGCUUGUUCCGUAACCUACGAAGAGAGAGGUAAUUGAAAGAUGCAUGCGGUGUGCUGUAGAGAAAUGCAUCUUGUGUGAGCUAGAAGGCAUGCAUUCACUCAUUACAAGAAGUCAUUCGUGUCGCACUGAAGUCAUUUGCACAGCCCACUGGCUUGCCAGGCUAUCCACACAUUGUCGGGUCUGCCCGUCUGCCUGCUUCUCACGUACGAACCCUCUUUCUCUUCUUUUCGCCACCAGAGACGAAAAAAAAUUGCACGCGCAAGCACAAGAAAGAACAGCGCUAACAUUAUUUUGCAUUUAGCCGUGGGUCGCAGCUGCUUAGUCGUGUGAAGAUUGGAGAUUUUGACACUCGCGCUUAAGUUCACAGUAGUUUUGUCCUGAUGUUCUCAACCUCAGCUCAGUCAGAUGCAGGACGUGGUGUGGACUUGAGGGAGGAGGGGUCAGAGUAAGGGGAAAGAGCAGAGGCACAUUGUCUCUAUCAGUGUACACUAUUUCUGCCUGACAGAAUUCAUGCAUAUAAUUUUGUUGCAAUUGCUAAAGCUAAUGCUGAACUCUUUUAACACCCGGCUGCCUACCUGCACGGCCUACUCCUCGCCCAGUGCAGUCACCUCAAUCUAGGAACAUAAUGGAAUUGUGUUUCAGGACGCGGGUUAGGAAAGGGUCAAACGUUUGUUCGCUCAUGUAGCGGAAUACAUAAACUAUAAACUAGGCGAGAAAGGCGGUGCAUGGUAUUUUAAUGAAACAGGGAGUGUAUUGUAACUUAUUUCGAAAGCGUUUCAACAAUAGUCGUGCUUGAGACACUGAGCAGUGCUCUUUGUAAUAAUCAGAAUCAUAGACCGAAGCAAGGGAGAACUAAAAAAAAAGAUGUGUGCGUGCGUACAUAUGCUUGGGUGCGCGCGCUCGCGAGAUCCAAGAAAUACGGUCGCGUUGAUUGCAAACUUACUGCACGUCCUCGUGGGUAGCAUUGCACGCUGUUUGCGUAGGAAAUGGUGUAGGACACAAUACCCCACUGCACACUGUGUACAUCUUCGUACUGCACCAACCCAGCGAGCUUGCACCGACACCGGUGCUGUCCGUGCUGGUUGAGCCUGAUUUGUCACGGAUUAGGUUUGGGCCUGGCCUGGCCACGCUUGGCCAGCCAUGAAUAUGCCCUGUCACACCCUGUGGGCACGGGCACUUCCGAUCAAUGAAGACAGGGAAGACGAUACCCUGUCAGCGGAAAGGGACUGUAAGGUAGGAAAGGGGUGGGGGUAGUGCCGAUGCGUCCGACUGCUCCGAGGCAAGGAGCGGGAAGGUGAGGGAGGGAGGACGAUGAGGGUUCGACAUGGGGUGGAAUGUGUGUGUGUGGGAGGGGGCGAUUUACAAGUAGACAUUUUAACGAGCUGGGUUUUCUUUUUUUUUUUUUUGCGCAACAGUUACAUUGAGAGACCACGACAAUGGCCUGGAUGAUGGCGCCAGUGUACAGUCAUUGCAUGCAGGAUCGUGGAGUGUGAUUCACAGGUUUAACAGCGCACUUUUCCUUUACCACCCUUUCUUUUUUAAAUCUCACUCUCUUUCUUUGUCCUUCCCUCCACCAGUUUCUUCCUCACACCCCUUCUUUUAGAUACCCCACCAUUACCGACAAUUCCCCCCCCCCCCAUCCCCUUUCUCGUAGCACUUAGACAAACACGGAUACGGAUGCACGGCUUGUGUGUGUACAAGCGUGUCCCCGCCCAUCCAGCAUGCUAAAGGUCGGUCCUUUGCAGUCUUGGGCGGCGAGCGCACCUAACGGUACCUUUUGGCGCACAGGACGUGCUGCUGAACGCCAGACCAUUAUGGAAGUCAGCGCACCGUGAAGCCACGGUUGAGGCCGCAGAGGGCUUUGGCCUGCCCAGAAUCUUAAUGAGGGGCUGGCUGGCUGGCGGGCUGGACGGACGCAACAUCGGCCCCGCUUGUUCUCUCUGGCCCUCCCUCUUUCUCGCGAGGACACGAGUUUUGACGGUGGCGGAACAGAACUGUCGAGUGCUGCUGAUGCACGGUGCAAGACGCCUAUGACCACCACCCUUCCCCUGCCCUGCCCCUCGGCCUACUCCCAAGGCGGCAUUAGUCAUUAGAGUUGGAGCUCACGGGAUUAUCUUUAACUGCCUGGCGGAGUGGCGACCAUGAAAGACAUGAGUCUGUGACUGGUUAAGAUGGAAAUUAGCUUCUAUGCAUUUCAUUUGGUAAGAAGAUGAGGGAAGAGAGAGGUGUCGAUCGGCUGGCCAGCUUUGCUCUAGCACACUGCAUCCGCUCGCCGUGUAGUCAGCUUUGCCCAACAACUGCGGUGACCCCGGAAACUCGGCAGUCUUGUCAAAGAUAACGUGCCAUCGGCGUGGAAAGGGCAGUUUGUGCAGUUGACUUUGGAGAUUUCAGACAGGCCUGGCUGGAUGUUCUUUAUAGAGAGAGAGAAGCGGAGGGGCAGAAUACUGCCUGAGGAUCAGCGACUGCUUUUGUCGACACGUCGAUGACGGAGGGUGUACUUUGUAUGGAGGGCUGAGCAGCAGACUGCAGAAUGACUAACCCUGAUAUGCAUACAUCGUCUAUAAUGGGGAGAUUGGUGGAUUGUGUCAGGAAGUUAUGAAUAUGCAAUGUGUGCAUUGUUUCUGAUGGAAAAACUGCUUCCUUAAAAAAAACUUCCUUUAAAAGAGAAAAACUUCAGUGACCUGUCAACUGAAAUCCCGUUGAUAGGCAGUCAUCAUACAUUGAGCAAGUACUAGCAUAUUAUUUAUCUGGUGUUUUUUUUUUAAAAAAAGAAUCGGAAAAGAUUAGGGGUCAGAUUUUUUUUCUCUCCAAAAAUAGUGGAGAAAUACCACUCACCCAUGGAUUGUUAGAAAGGAGGGGACCUGCAGAGCUGAAGAUCUGCAUAGUUUUGGGAAUGGAAAUGCAGCCUGCAUGUUCAGCAGUGCUGUUUCAAAAAUGGAUGACAAAAAAUCACCAAAGUCAGAAAGUGUUUUAGAGAACGUGGCCAGCAACGGGAAUGGAAGCCCCCACCAGGACAUGUCACCCACACGCAAGCGAAAGCCCCAGAAGCCCUCACCAGCCAAGAUGGCAGAAGAGUCAGCCUCUGAAACAACAGCCUCUGGUGAGCCCGACAUUGAUGCAGACGUUGACUGCAAACUUGCCUCAGCAGGAAUCAUGUCGAUUGAGAACAUUUCCGGUGUGCAGUUGCCAUCAGGGGAGGGCAGCUCGCAGUUGGUGAUCCCACAACCUUAUCUUCGCUAUAUCCAGCUUCAGUCACAGCUGCUUCAGCAGCAACACAAUCUAGUCAACUCCCUGGAACUUUCUUCCAAACUUGCAGCUGUUGCAGCUGCCAGCACAGACACUGUUGAGGCUGGAACUGGUAGCAGCGCAGGCUCCAUUGCUGGAGGGGGUGUCAAGACAACACCUGCAGCCACUACAACAUCUGUAGGAAUGGUGGGGCUUGGGAUGGAUGGCAAGCCGCUGCGAGGAGAAUCUGCAGACCUGGGAUCUGACGACAGCAUUGAUUUCAAUGAUGUCAUCUACACCGAUGAUGAAUACGAGGAUAUGAAAGGUGGCGGGAAAAACGAUGGGCGCAUUCGACAUUCCGGUAGUGCGGGUGGGCGCAAUGUGAACCAGUAUGGACGGGAGUUCACCAAUGGGAGGCCUCUACCAGACCACCUACGCAUUCAGAUUCUACAGCUGGCACUGCAGGGAAUCCGGCCAUGUGAAGUCAGCAGACAGCUACAGGUUUCCCAUGGUUGUGUCAGUAAGAUUCUCAACAGGUAUCGCAAAACAGGAAGCAUAAACCCAGGCCAGAUAGGUGGGAGCAAGCCCAAGGUGACAACACCAGAUGUUGUGUCCAUGGUUCGCCAGUACAAAGCUGAGAAUCCACAGAUGUUUGCUUGGGAAAUUCGACAGAAACUGCUGCAUGACAACAUUUGUUCUGAGAAAAACAUCCCCAGUAUCUCCUCCAUCAAUCGCAUCAUCCGCGACAAGGCUAUUACUCACCGGCGAGGUUAUGAUCGCUGCUACAGCCUUAGCGAACAGGGGGAUGAUGACCUACAGAUUGACCGUGAAGCUGUUCAGCGCCUGAUAGCUCAAAUGCCUCACAUUGCUAAUGCAGGCAAUGGCUUUGGAGGUGAUGUGUCACUGCACAGCAAUUCUGGUGGUGAAGGCAAAUCAGGCAACACAUCUCCACACUCUCAUGGCUCCAACUCCACCCCAGUUCCAGAUUUAAAACCAUCUCUCUCAGUACUAGAAGCCUUGUUACCCCCUAAGAGUCCCUGCAGCAGAGAAAUGAAUUCUACACCUGUUGCAGGUCCUGUGGAAUUGGAGAGCUCUCUUGAGAUAGGUCUGCAGGAAAGUGUGUCAGAGGUCAGCGAGAAGGGUGAUGACUUUAAUCCAGAUUCUAAAAAAAAGGAUUCAUAUUUAUUAACAUCUCAGGAUACAAAAGUUUUAAACAAAGUCGAAGGUGCAGCAAAGAGGAAAGUCAAAGAUGACUUUUCCAGUGCCCAUCCCAACUUCCUUGGUGUUGAACUUCAACGACAAGAUGCGCAGCCGGCUCGACCACCGACAACUAAAUUUUCUUCUCGUGGCAAAUCUGAGAAUUCACGACCAAGUCUUCAGGAUGUCAUAUCACAGCUUUCUCAGUCUGCUGAGCACCAGUCAUCUGCCACUUCUUCCCCUGCUGCUGUGCAACUGACAGGUAGCGGUAGCAAUUUUAGUACAUCCCACAGUCCCAUUAUUUCUGGUGGAACACUGUCUUCAGCAGGAGGUACAAGUGUCAGAAACAGUAAGGAGACUGCCAGUCCUGUAGAUAAAGUAGUAGUCAAAAUGGAAGAACCUGCGCCAUUUGCAUCUAGCCCAGUAGAUGCUGGUGCUAAGUCAUCUUCCUCGACAUCUCCUCUUGAAACUGCUUAUCGUGGACAUACUCACCAAAGUCUACCAUCCAGUUCACCCAAACUGACAGCCCGAGGAAGCAGAUCAAAGGAGCGCAAAUCAAAGGGAGAGAAUUCACUCACUCCUUCAUCCUCUCGGCAGAAUACACCUUCGGUGACGCCUGGAAAUGCUUCUAUAACAGCUUCCAUUGAGUCUAGUAGAAUGAACAUAUUGCCUCCCAGAAUUCCUGUCAAUGGUGCAAUCUUUCCCACCAUGGCAGUGGGCCUUGAAAGGUUUAGUGGCUUCGUCUAUGACUAUACCCUCCCAGAUAGAGGCCUUGGUACUACUGCCCUGACAGGACUUGCACCAAGAUUCCCAGGAGUUCCUCCUGGCAUGGUAGGUUAUUUUCCCAUGCCAGUCUCUCCAUGGAAUUUGUCUGGUGCUGCUGGAAUAUCUGGUGUGGUUAGUCCUGGCAUCUCGGUUGACUCAUCAGGACCAAGUGUACCACUUGAUUUAUCAGCUUCUAGCAAAGACACCAGUGAGAAACAUGAUGAGAAAUCUAGUCCUAGACCUACACCAGUUGCAGCAACAAGUAAAAGUAAUUCAGGAGUGAAGGUGAAAAAGCAGCUAACAGUUGAGAAGGAAAAAGAAAAAGAAAAGCUGGAUAGUGCUCCAACAUCGGAGACAAAAUGGAGGAUAGAAGCAUCAAGUCGAAAACCAAAGUAUGAAAAACAUAUGUUGAUUUUUGCUGACAAAGAGGUUGAGAUAAUAUCCGUGGAUAAAAAUAGGUGGAUUGUUCGAAACGAACAGGAACUGUUCGACAUUGUUCGAAGUUCUUCACCGCAGCUUAACUGUGACAAAAAGAGCAAAAUGCCGCAUGUCACUCCAUGCGAUUCAGCUUCUGGCUCAGACUGUGAAUGUCUGAGAAUUUCCUUGUGUGCAGAGGAAGACUGCAGCAGUGAAACUGCACAGCAGAAGGCAAAUUUAGGCGACACAAAAGAUGACUGUGCAUGUGUGACCAGUUCCAACAAGCGGUCUGCAGUAGAUUUCUCCAACAUUUCAUCAAGCUCUGUGCAGAAACGGUCAGCUGACAGCCUACCAGGGCAAGAAGCACCAAAAGCCAAGAUAGGAAAACUGGAAACAGCAGCUACGUCUUCUACUGGUCAUAUGGAAGAUCCCUUGGAGGAAGAAGUUCUAAAAUCUUCACCCAUCCGACCCGUUGCAGGGAAAGCCGACUCUUACACAUCAGAAGGUGCUGCAGCAGAAAAAGUAAAAAUGAAAAGAGACUCAUCAGAGGAUGUGAUGGUUCUUGUGUCAGAGGCUGAAGAUCUCAAUAGCAGCAAGUGCCCUGUUUUACAGCAGAUGUUAAAAACAUCACAGUAGAGAGACACCUGUCCUCCAUGCUGCAGCUUAUGCCAUUUUUUUUAUCAGAUCAGUAUGCCUUGAUAAUUUUAUCAUAUUUUAGAAAAUGAUGCACUGAGAGAACUCCGAGUUUCAAGUUUUGUUGCAGAAAAUUUACCAAAGGCUUUAAAGGGGAAAAAUGCUUUAAAAAAAGAAGAUACUAUCUUUGUUGAAGUGUACUUUGCCACAUGUGAGGAAAGAAAAUCAUGGAUUUCAUGAUCUGAAGUGAAUGCUUAAUAUUACAGUUUUGAUAAUCUUUAUGAAACAAUUUCGUGUUAGAACAGGGAGGAAUGCUUACCAUUUUUUAAGAAAAAGGUCUCCUUUUGUGCCAUUUCCUUUUAAGCCAUAUCGAAAGUUGUAAGGGAGGGAAGUGGUGAAAAGAUGAAAGAAAACUGGCCAGUGAUCAGCAUUCUCAGUGGUAAGCUUGGUGCAGAGCACAUACUUGCGUCCAGCAAAAAAGGCACCUUCCCUUUUAUGUCUAAGAAUCUUUGCAAGUGCUUGUAAUGCUAAGCUGAAAAGAGUGAGUUUUUCAAAGAACAGUCAUGAUCCUACUUGUAAAAAGACUAAAAAGCACUUUGUAGAAAAUAAUGCUGUGGGCUGGUUGUUUUGCCAUAAGUUUCAGAUUUCUGUAGAGAAAACUGAUGUGAUGGAUGUUUUUACAGAUUCUGGCUUGUCUAAAUCCAAGAUGUUUCCAUGCCAUUUUGGCACAUCAUGGCUGCCUUUGUUGCAGCAGAUACAACUGACAUUGCUAAUGUUUGGUACAUAGGCUUUAAGGUAGAGAGUUGCAUUUCUUCCCAGUGUUCUUGAAGGUUGGACCUACCUUACAUUGUGAGAUGUACUGAAAGCCUGUGCGGUGAUGAUGUUGGCUUCAUGAGAGGGAAUGGUUAUUAUGAAUCACACAAUACCAUAUUUCUGACUGCUUGAUGUUACAGUGCAGGACCUUGCCAGAAACAUUUGAAAUGGAAACAAAUGAAGUGGGAAAUCUCCAUUAAAACUGGGUUGUUGUCAAAGCUUUAAACAGUGCAGUAUUGGUAAGGAAGACGACUCUUUAGCAUUCAUCCCCCACCCAUAUCUGUUGUGAUGAAAGUGGUAUAGCAGAAAAUUUACUGCUGAUUUUCUUGGGCAAAGCUUUAAAGGAUUAAGUUUUGGCUUUUUAGGGAGAGACAUAUAUGUUUUUUUAGAAACUGUAUGACCUUUACUGGCCUACAAGUAAUGGCAUGAAAAAGUUCUUCAUUUGUGAUAUUUACAGAAAGAGGUAAAACCUUGAAAUUUCAUUUACCAGGCAAUCAGUUGUCAAUCAAGUUUUUCUCCCACUCACCCCCAACUUAAGAACUAUUACUGCCUUUUUUUUAAAGGUCAAUUAGGUCAUCUAUCAUCAGAAUUAUUGUUAAAGUUACAUCAUGUAUGUAAACAAACUUAGUUAUGUCUCUAAGUUAUUGAGAAUGUCUGGUUGCGGCUAUCAAAAUUUCUUUAAAAUGUUUUUAGCUUUGAAGUUUCUAUGGUUGGGAAAAAUUACUGCUGUCUAUAACAUACCAAGAGCUGCCUGAAAGAAUUCUAUUUACUGCCCAGAAGAGGGAAACUACACAUCUGGUGACAUUUUUACUGCUUCCUGUUAAAGAUAUCAGCAUUUUGAACGCAGCACACAUACAAAAUCACAAUGGCAGUAAAUGUUUUGUCUUCUGAAGUGGUGUUGUCUCGUAAUUUGUAAAAAUUUCAGAUCAUGUGCAGUUUGCCAUAGAUCUGUUGCAGUAUAUUUUACAUAUGUUUGCAUAGUAAUGUGUUUACUUGUGAUGUGUCAUUGUGUUUGCCUGACAAAUUUGCAGACAAUCAGUUGUAUUAUAGAUUAUAUUUAUCUCUGUUGUUUAUCUAUUUACUCAUAAGCAAUCCAAAGAUGUGUUUAACAUUUUAGCUUCUAAACUUCAGGUGGAAAGUGAUUGAAUUAAGGUGACAGUUUUCCUUGUCAGUUUGUUCCAUUUUUUGGGGGGGGGGAGGGGGGUUGUCAUUUUUAGUCUUCUGUCAUAUAUCUCUGUUACCUUUCAGUGCGCAUUUUCAUUCAGUCACACACAGUUCUUGUUUGUAGGCAUACAGAUGCUUAUGGUUACACAUAUAAACUUGUAUAUGCACACACCAUAAAGCCCCAACUACAUAUACAUAAACACAUAGAAACGAUUUCCAAUCAAGUAUCUAGUAUUAAGGCUGAAUUUUUUUUUUUUUUUUCAAAUUUGUUGUACAGUUAAGCUGGCUCUAUUUUGAACAUGUACACAUAAUUGUCUGCUGACUGUCAAGAUGUUACUGCAUAUUUAGGGCUACAAGAUCUCCGAUUCACAAAAAUGUUGCAUAAAAUGUUGACUUCUUUUUAAAUGUAUUAUGCAUUUUUUAAGCUGAAAUACCAAAGCAUUAGAAAUCGUUUGUGUGUGUGUGUGGGUGCGCGCCUACAUGUGACAUGUAUGUUUUUGCACUGAAAUUUGUGUGUAUGUGCAUGUGCACUCACGCACUUGUACGUUUGCUUGCAUGAGGAAGAUCUUGUUUUUCUUGGUGAUGACCAUGGCACCAGUGGUAAAGAGAUUUGUACACGUGGGCCUUGAACGAAAUCCAGGCUUUAACUUAUACUGAAACUUAUGUUUAUUUUAGAUUGGUUUUUAUCCUAAUCUUUCUGUUUCCAUGGGCCUUUAAUUACCUCAGUGAGGGAAAACUAAACAAACAGCUCUCUGAGAGUAUGACAGGGCAGAUGAAUGAAGCUAUCAAGCAUUCCAAUCAUCCAACAGAUUACUCCCUUGCAUGCCAGAUUGUUGUGAAGAAAAAUGGAAACCUUUUUUCCCAGUGAUUUAUGUCCUUUUCAUUGGUAUACAAAUAUGUAGACUUCAGAUUUUAAGAAAUUCUUAAUUAUGCAGAAUCAGGCUUCUGUUUUAAAAAAAAAAAAUUGUUUACAUAAAUCAUUUAGAUUGUUUACUUGGUGCAUUUUUUAGUGAGGCAAAUGUACUUGUGCAAUUAAUUCCAUGCAGUUUGGACAUAAAAUGGAUCAGAAAUCAAAAGAAGAUAUGAUUGGAAAUACAAAAAACACAUCUUUCAAAUAAAAAAGCAGAAAUAAAUAGUUAAACCUAAAGAAAAUGUCAAUUUUCAUUUGGGAAAUGCGUCUGUUGCUUGCUUUUGUAUGGCAGGCUUUACUGCCAAUUUGAAAUCCAGCAAACUGCCUUUUGUGAGAGACAAUCAUAAAAUGUAGGAUGUAUUCUGAGUUUUUCUCUCGUGCACGAUGAAGCAUUUUUGAAUAGAUAUUAAUCACCUGACUGCUGGAAGGUUCCUAAGAUAUAUUUUCAAAGGCUGUCACUUGUGUCUGCUUUCUUAGCAAAUAAGUAACACAAACCAUGCAAUAUGGUUUUAAAUAUUCUAUUAUUUAAAUAUUCUAUUUUACAUUCAGAUAAUCUAAAGCUUUAUUCAUACUAUAUCUUAUUUGAAAGGAGAGAGACCUUCUGUCCAAUUAUAGCAGUCAUUAUCGUUAAAGAGAAAGUUAUCUUGCUUUUCAUGUUUGUUUUUUAAAUUGCAAAAUUUCAUUUUAAAUUUUUGUUUCUGAGAUACAGAUAGCUUCUUGGGCCGAUAUCCAUUGAUUGCUUUAUCAGCAGUCCUCAUAUUCCUGCUUUAUAUCCUGCAUUGAUUGUAUUGGGUACACAGUGUAAUAACAAGCUUGGAAUACAAAAUCUUCCAUUGGAGAGCAGGUGGGAUCCAUGCAUGUCUUAAAGUUUGUGUUCAUUGGUGUUUCAUCUGUAGCACUUGCUGCAUCAGUUUUUGUCAGACAAUAAUAUUUAUAAUAUUUAAAAAUAUUUAUUUUUACUAUGAAUAGUAGAUUACUAUUACUAGGAAGAUGUUAGGAAAAGUUUUAAUAUAGAUGUGGAUAUACUGGCUUGCAAUUUUUGUUUUAUCUGUGGCAGGCAGGUAAAGAGGGGGGUGGGCCUUUGAUCAGGAUCAUCUGUGAAAGGCUGCUCACAUGGUAUACAGUAGUGUUGUGUACCUACUGUUCUGUCCUGUGACUGCUGACCAGAUGCAGAGUCCAUUAAAAAUUUUGUGCUAUAACUAGAUCUUCCCCCACCUGCUACUUGGUGGAAAUACUACCCAACAUUUUGAAUAAAAAAAAUUACAAACCUAUGGUACAGAUUGUAUAUUAGCAAGAGCUAUUGUAAACAAAGCAGUUUGAGUCUCUACACCCAGUUUGAUAUUUAAGUAUUUUGGUUUGGUUUAGGGAUUUGUACUUGGCUAAAGUUGAUAAAGCAAGUGUUAUCAGAAUUUGAAAUAAUGAUUAUUUAUCCAAACAGGUGAAGCACAUUUUUGAAAGCUGUUUUAGUAGAGAUCAUGCACGUGUGUACCUGCACAUGCAUAUAUACAGACAUGCACACUCAUGUAAGAUGCAUAGUCACAUUCUUUACGCUAACAUUGCAGAGAAUCAUUUGAUAAAUGGACUAGUAAGUUUUCAGCUAUAAAAGGUAGCUAGUGACAAGUAUGUAAAGUGUGAAAUGUUUUGCAUGUCACUGUUUUCUUCCAAACAUGCAUUGGAUUUUGUAGACAGCUGAGUUACAUCCCAUGAGCCAAAGAUAAUCUAGAAUCGGACAUAAAUGUAGAGAUAUAGUUGGUAAUGUGUGGGUGAGCUGUGUACAAGUUUUGCUGUAAUAUGAUAGAAGUUGACCGGAUUGCUGACAUGUUGAAACUAUGCUUCCUUCUGUUCAUGUUAGAUAUGAUAAACGCCUUCUACAUGUUAAAUCCAAAAUCAGUAUUCAUUGACAAAAUCAAAGAAAGCCAAAGAAAGUAUUCGCCUUUUAACCCCGUCAUCUUGAAUGUUGAAACUUUGUCUGUUUGCCUCUUGAAGAUAAUGUCUGUUUUACACUACAACCAGUUUUAAAAGCUUUUAUUAUGUACAAAAAAUUUUGUCUUGAUGUUUAUAGGUAAUCGCUGUUUCAAUUGGUUGAAAGAAAUGUUAUCACUGUCUGUUAAAAUUCUUAAAGGUCAAACUUUAAGCUUAUGGCUGGAAAGAUUGGUAUGCUCUGAGGUAGGGAGGUGAGGAGCACAUGUUGUGGCUACCUAGGUGGUCAUUCUUUGCUAACUGCUUCCAUCUGUCCUGACAAGUACCAUCACCUCCCUCCGCCAGAUUGAAUCGGUUCUUUCCUGCAGGGUUGUAAACUUUUGGCCUUUAACAAUGAAGGUUUUGUAAUACUAUUGAGCUUCUAAACUUUGAGUCUUGCCAGUUACUGUUAUCAGAGUGCAAAAAGCGUAAAGAACGUUCUUAACAUAACUAAGAUUUACUGCAGAUUUGGGCUUCGGGACAGGAGGCUGGCAUGUUUUGUAUUGUGUAGAAUACAUUUCUUGCGAUAGCUUUAGUAAAAUUUGUUAAAAUUGUUAAGUCCUGCUGUGUCAUUUAAACAAUGAUAGUUAUCUUCAUCAAUGUCAUCCAUCAUCAUAACUGUCAUCAAUAUUUUAGCAUUGAAUACAGCAUUGCUGCUAAAACCUAGAUCUGUACAAAGCACAAAUGCAUGUAGUAUAAUAAAGUAUAAUAAGUUUUUUCUUUUUGUAUACAUCAGAAAAUGAAACCUUGUGAAAAAGAUUUUCAUCAACCUUCAAAAGAGCAAUGGUGAUGUUAGUAAAGUAAGGAAUCUGGGAGAAGAAUGUUCAGGUAACAUGUCUACAUCAAAUGAAAGCAGUAGCAAAAAUGAAAGUGUGUCUUUCUACAAAAUAUUACCUGUAGGCAUUUGAUUUUAUUUAAAGUAUUUUUUCACUGAAGGUAUGCUGAUUCUUAUCUUUAUAAUGAAGUCCCUAACUUCCUUACCCCCAGCUUGAAUUGUCUAGGUAACAUUAUUAGUUUAUGCAUUUAAAUCUGAGCAACACAUUUUUGUUCAACUGUAAUACAAGAGUUCAUAUUCCUCCCCAGCCUAUUUGUCUUUUGUCCAUUUCCGGUUUGGCAUAUUUUUCUGGCUUCUUACUCGUCAUCUCUCACUUUGUUAAAAUAUAAAGAAUGUAGCCUUUUCAAAUUAAGUAAAUAUUUUACUGACUUCAGAAUGGAAGCGAUUUGUUCUUAGGCUUCAGCUGUGCAUAAGAAAGGCAGGCCACAGGCUCAUAACAAUUGUCCUGCGGAUUUCAGCUAAAGGUGUGUUCUGCAUUGGUUAUUCAGCAUUACCUGCUCUGAUGUAAAGGCGUAUUUGGUAGUUACAAAUACAUAUAUGGACAUUCUGCAUAAGAAAUCUGUUUAAACUUGAAGAUCCAAAGGGCUUUUCACUAUCCCAUCCCGCAAGACUACAGAAUGCACAGUGUACAUUGAUUUUUUACUUAUGAUUGCACAUGGCAGCACAUUUUUUUAAAAAGAAAUAAGAAACUUGUGGUGAGUGUUGGUGUCUGGACUGGAAAUAACAGACUUCUGUAGAGUGUUGUUGUCUGGACAGGUUUUGUUUUAGCACUGGUGCUAUUCAUUUUACUUUUUAAUGCUUGAUUUGCUGAAAUCCAUGCUUGGAGGGUUUGUUUAAGUUAUUAUCUAUUUUAAAAGGCAGAAAUCUUUUACAUAAAAUUUUACAUCACAUUUGAGGUGAUGGUUGAAUGAAAAAAAGGUUUGCAAGUUUGAGAAUGGUAGAGUUGUUGAUUUUUGGAAGAAAUGAAUUGACUGGACACAUUGUGGGGUGUGUCAGAUUUUAUUUUGUCAGUAACUUUUUUUGUGUUUUGUUUUGUUUUGGUUGAUUUAUGAAAUAGUUCAGUUUAGCUGCCAUAUGCUUGUUUUUUAUGCUGCACUUUUGUAUGUAGGACAGAAAGGUGUAUUUAGUCAGUUAGCUGACAUUUUGUUUUUAGUUACUGGUCAGCAAGCUUUAUGUCUUUAACUUAAUUGUUGUAUUUUUCCAUCACAGUGACCUUGAAGAGAAGAUGGUAAAUGUAGCAUGUUUUUAUGAUAUUGCAAUCUUGUUGGUAAUAUCAUGUUUUACUGUUUGUCACUGUGUGUCUAUCUUUUGUAAGUAUGGCUUGAUGUGACAAAUAAUGAUUCCUUAGCUUUACCAGAUUAGUGUUAAAGAGGACAUGUAUUCGGUUCAUAUGGAUGUUUGUUCAUUGUUGUCAAACCAAAGAUUUGUGUACAGAGAAAAUGUCUUGUUGGUAAUCCUUGCUUCUUCCAUCAAGAGAAAUGCUACCAUUCAGAGUUAGUCUCUGUUUGGAGACUGUUUUUGUGUAUGUGGAUGCUUCAUAUAUUUAACAGCAUUUAUUAUAGCCAAAGUGAGAUGACAAACUUUUAAGUUCUACACAAACGCUGUCCUUUUUGAGAGGACAGAAGUAUCCUCAGUGCAUAGAUAUUUAAAUUUGAUUACAUUUCAGCAAGUAACAAUAUUCAGAUCAGCUUUAAACAGUUCCCCCUCAGUGGGGAGCAUCAUGCCAGUUGCUGUACAUGCACUGGUCUUAUGUUCUAACCCUCUUUCUUAUCCUGGCUUCUUCCAUGUUCCCCCUCCCGGAGUCCCCCAGAUCUUCCCAUUUCAUUGUUCUGGACCAUUUCUCCUCCUACCUUUCACAGCCAGACAAGGUGCAGAAGGGGGUAAAGUUAUUACCUGGUCCUUCAGAAAAACUACCACUUUUUAAUUUUUUUGAAAGGAAGUAUUUUGAGCUCCAUUUCGGCGCUUAAAUAAGUUGAAGUACACAUGUCCUGCAUGAGUCAAGAGUUCAGCAUGACUUGAAAAAUGCUGAGUUUUUUUUUUUAAAGGAAGUGUUAUGAAAAACCAGGAAACAUGCAAUCAGCUUUAGGUAUGCUGCCUGAUCUGUUUUUGAGCAGUCCACAUACUUUUUUCUUUAAAAAAUGGCUGUCAGAAUUUUACUUCUGUGCAGACCUGCUUCAUUGAAUCAAUUAAUAUUGUCUGUGGCAGUCAUUGGGAAAGGCAAAAACCGAUGUAUAAACUUUAUUGUGACUUACAAGGUUGUGACGAUACGCUUCUGUGGAUUAUGAUGACACUGUGCUAUUGUUGUACCACUAUGAUGAAAUGACUUGUUUCAAACAAAAUGUUCACUGUUUGGUAUUCUUUUAGUGCGACUGACUAUUCAUGAGUGGGGGUGGGGGAGGGAAUAGCCUGCCUUCUCUUUGAAAGGCAAAGGUGCUGAUGGAAAUGCCUGGGGAAAAAAAGAGAGGCAAAGGUUUAAUCAGGCCACAGUUAUUGAAUGGUGAAUUUUCUUCAUGCUUUGUGGCUGGCUUUGUAUUUUAUGACUUUUGCAGAGGGAAUCUGGUAGAGGGACAUGUCUUUGCAUGUUUGUUUGUUUUUGUUUUUGUUUUGUUUUUUUUUCAAUAUAAGCUCUUCAUGGGGUGAAUUUUUACACUUGGUAAAUUUGUUGCUCUAUUCUUAACUUGGCAGUCUACUGUUCAAAAGGAAUGCGUUGCCUUACUUAUAGAUGAUGUGUUCUGUGUACAGAUACUGUGUUAUCAGAAGUAGGGUUGUACAUGAGAUUUUAGAAUUUUUAUCAGGUUUUCUUAAUAACAUAGGAUGACUCUAUUCUGUGACAAUUACAGCUAGUUCAUGAGAUCUCUGUUUAAUUGUGAAUUUUUAAGUCUGUCCACAAUAAGGAGCUACAAACAGAAAAGAUUGAGGUUAACAGUGUUAGUAAGUCAAUUUAUAUAUUGGCCAAAAAAUGCAUUAUUUUUAAAUGCUGUUAUGCCACCAAGAGCAUUAUUUUAAAUGUUGUGAGAAAUUCAGGCUUAAGUGAUAAAUUUUGUGCUGUUUUGGAAAUAUUCCUGUCAAAAUGAUGCAGAUCAGAUGAUUUCUCAUCAGAAUUAACAUCUAGCAUGCUCUCAUGUACACAUACAGGUUCACGCAUUCGCUCAGUGGUGUGUAAGUUAGUCAAAAGCAAUAAAUCUUAGAAAUCUUUGGGGAGUUAAAAUGCAUGGUAAUGAUUUAAUAUAUUUGUUGAAGUGAAGUAGACCUGCCUGGUCAUAAGUGGCAAAAGUGAGCAUGCCUGGGGGGAAUCAGAGGCUUGUAGUGUGACAAAUGUUAUGUCGAACAUGUAGAAGUUAGUUCCAGCUGAAGGAUAGCAGUGAUCAUUUUGUACAGGAGUGCGCACAAAAACAGAAUUACAGUGUAAUUGGUCUUCCAUAAAUUUGUGCAAACUGUGCGUGUAAGUGCCCUAACUCGCUUAGUGCGCCUGCCCUCUCAAAAACAAGUGAUGACUUUUUGCUUUAGCCAAUUUAACUGAAAAACUAGUUAUACCACAUCAGCAGAUAUGUUUAAUGUGUUUUUUUAUUUGUUUUUGUUUUUGUUUUUUUGGUCAGCAGAAGAGAAUAUAAAUGAUAAUAAAUCAGCUGGAUAGAUUUUUGUUAGUGGCAUAAAUGGUCAGUCCGUGUAAAUCAGUCGGAUUUCUAUGAUUGUUUUAUUUAUAUAUAUUAGCCAUAUACUCCCUCUUUUUUUGCGACAUAAUCCAGUUGUGAGGAGGGAUUAGGUGGGGGCAGAAAGUACUAGCAAACCUGGAGAUAGUCAAAGGUAGUGACCUACCAUUUGCCCUAGGCUACUACUUCUCUAGAGGCUACAUGCUUUUUCUUGGGUUUCUACUCCUGAUCGUGGGCGUGAAAAUAUCAGCUUCUGCAUUUUGCACAGAAACUUCUUCGUGGUGCAGCGUGAAAGCCGACUUUAUGUUGGCCUUGACACAGGAAGCAAGGGGUCAGACUGUUAGAGGAUAGAGGACAGAUGUAGAGGGCUAGCGGGAUGACGUCAUGGAUGGCCUGUUGACAAACCAUCCGCGACCGUUUUUUUUUUAUAAUAUAAAGCUCUGGAGGCAGGCCUACUUGUCGGUUCGCAGGAGAUUGUUGAACAAAACAAAACUGUCAAUACUCGUUAUGAUGUAUUUCACGGGAAAUCUUUUACACUACAACAUCAGUGUUGCAUUCUCUUGUACAAGAAACGAUUAAAGUUCUAGGCUGCAUCGCCUGUACAACAUAACUCUUCCAUUACAAAAACCCAAAGACUGUUCGGUCGAAAAUAUGAUAAUAAGCAGUUGCUGUAGUGCAUGUCUCUCUCUCGCUUUUUUAAUACUUAUAAAAGGCUAGGGAGGAGGUAAACCAUUCAUUCCAAAUUAACAAAACAUUUGGUUUUUGGCUUGGAAAAGAUUAAGGCGUGAAAACUUUAUCUUCCCUUUACCCGUAUACAAAAUAUAUAAACAAUUAAUAGCCUUAAACGCAGAUCGAAUCUGUUGUCCCGUUUGUGUGAGGGAUGGGGGUUUGAGACAAGGGGGGCACGUGUGUGUGUGUUCGUGCGCACUCGCGCUCGGUGUGUGCAAGAAACAUUCUGUGUACUAGAAUGACUUAUUCAGAUACAUUUUUGCCGCAUAUGCUUAUGAUUUCCUGUUGAUCGAGGUAGCUAAUCACAGACGAGGUAGUCUCUGACAUUAUAUAUAUCAGCUGGUGGUGGUGAUACUUUGCUGUAUUGUCUAGCUGUGGUCAAGAAAUUGGAUUGACCAACCAACCGAAAUGAUCCAGAGUUUAUUGGAGGUCAGGGUCGCAAGUGGGGGGAAGGGUAGGCUUACCUCCAUUAUUGGCAGAUUUUAUUUUUGGUUUCUGUAUGCGUAAAGCUGUUUGAAGGGGGGAGUGGCAGAUAGAGGGAUUGGUUUCAUGACUCUUUGUCAUUAAUUUCAUUGUCAAGUCUGUUAAAAGUUUUGACGUCAUUAACUGACUUUUUUUUUUAAACCAAACAAAAAAAAAAAACACCAAAGAUGGAGGGUAGAGAUUGUGUGACUUGGGCUUCAAAGCUGCAAGAAGGAAUAGUCACAUCUUUGAAGAGUCUGGUAGGAAAUUUAAACAUGGCGUGGAUUCCAGACAUUUUGAAGUCAACGACAAAUUGAGCUUCUACCUCAGCUUGACAGACACCUUGAGGCCGGUGACGUCACACAGUUUCUAGCCUCCUCGACCCGCCUCCGUCGGUUUAAAAAAAAAAAAAAAAAAGAUAUCUAAAUCUGAUUACGACGACGAUGAUAAGGCUGAUGAUCUUAUUUUUGUUAUGAUGUGCUUUAUUAGUGGCUUUUUGCCUGUUAUUGUGAUUGGUCCGUUUACAUUGUGUAUGAGAGCUUCUAAAGGUUUAGUGUGUAACUUUGUGCUGACAAUCAAGUAAAAAUCAUCCUGAAUCUGA